AUGGCAAAUGAGAACAUUUCUAUCGAAGAUUGUGGAGAGAGAUUUCUUAGUGAAUCCGAAAACUCACGAACAAGACGAAUAGUUGGAGGCAGAGAAGCCGCAAUGAAUUCCUGGCCUUGGUUAGUGAACUUUGUAAACACGACUAAGAAAGACUUUCAAGUGUGUUCAGGAAGUCUUAUAGAUCCUCAAUGGAUACUGACAACAGCGCAUUGCUUUGUCUCGAGCGUCUUUCGAUUUUCCUUAAACGAGUGGACCUACAUUGCUGGUGAUCACAACUUACAAAAAGUUGACCCUCAUGAGCAGGUACUGCAACCAGAAGAACUCUAUAUUCAUCCAAAGUAUAAAUUGCUAACAGAUGACUCUCCUGGAGACUAUGAUCUUGCAUUGAUUCGUCUCAAGAAACCUGUGAAUAUCACUGCACACGUUCGAACGAUUUGCUUACCAAAUGUUACAGAUGACGAUGAAAACGAUGUGGUCAAUAGAAGCCAUUUUGUUGUAGGAUGGGGAAAUGUUAAAGACACACCACGUUACACAAGAUCUACCAUUCUAAAGGAGUUGCAAUUAAGAAUCAUUCCGAAAGAAAUAUGCAAUGUUAGCUACGGCGGAAACGUCACAAAACGCCAAAUAUGUGCUGCCCAUUCUAGUGGGGAUCAAGAUGCUUGUUUUGGGGAUAGUGGUGGACCAUUACAGUACCAAAGUAAAGAUGGCAAGUGGUUCCUAAGUGGUAUCGUAAGUUGGGGAAAAGGCUGUGCUAGAAAGAACCAUUAUGGUGUUUAUACAAAUGUUAAAGUACUUGUACCGUAUAUUAGGAAGAUUAUACAAGCUAAAACCUCUUGUGGCGUUCGCAAGAAAAAUGUACGACGUCACAAACGAAUAGUUGGUGGUACACAAGCGGUAAUACAUAAUUGGCCAUGGAUGGUAAAUAUAUAUACAAUGAGAAAAAAAGAUCAAAUUUGCGGCGGUGUUGUCAUAGCUUCAAACUGGAUUCUUACAUCUGCUCAUUGCUUUCUCGGUGAACACCGAAAGUCGUAUGUCGAUGAAUUUCUUUAUUAUGUUGGUGAUCACACCAUAGGAAAAAUUGACAAAGGGGAACGGCGCAUUUUUCCCGAGAAUAGUUACUUUCAUCCUGAUUAUAUAUCUCCUGCUAUGGAUUACCCUGGUAACAACGAUAUAUGUUUGAUAAAACUCAAGUAUUCGCUGGAAUGGAACAAUGCUGUCAAACCGAUUUGUCUGCCUCGUGGUCCGGAACGAGCUCAUCGUGCUAGUAAACGUUGCUAUGCGGUCGGCUGGGGAAAUACCGAAGAUACUCAACAAUACAUGCGAUCAGAAACUUUGAAGCAACUUCACAUUGGUAUUGUAUCUCAAGACCGAUGUAACAGUAAUGUGUCAUACAACAACAGUAUACCGAAUACCUACUUUUGUGCUGGAUUCUCUCGAGGAGAGAAUGAUACGUGCUAUGGCGAUAGCGGUGGGCCUUUGCAAUGUGAUGAUCAUGAUGCAGACACGUGGAGAGUACAUGGUCUUGUCAGUUGGGGUAUUGGUUGCGCAAGGCCAAAUAAAUAUGGUGUAUAUUUAAAUGUGUCACAGUUUAUGCCAUUCAUUGAUAAAGUUAUGUCAGGAGAAGAUUUUCAACUGCGAAAAAUGAAUACCAUGAAUAUUGAAGAAAUCCACAAACAGAUAACGACACAUUAUGACUAUCACGAGCUAUGCACCAGAAAUCUGUUUUCUAUCAUUAAAGCGUUUUAUUCGAUUGUAAAACCAGUUGAUGUAGUAAGAACUUGGGCAUUUUAUCCACAAUCGAUUGCCAAACUCUACUCAAUAACACCAAUCGAUAUCGCCAAACAUUAUUUUUGGGACAUUAGAAAGACUUGCAAGUCUACAAUGUUUCGGAUCUUUCUUGGGAAAUUAGAUAAUGUUGACAAAAUCCCUUAUAACCUCACCAUAAAGAUGUAUGGUGAAUUGCUUAAUGUAACGAUCGUUGAAAUGGCUUUUUACACUCGUAUGUCAUUAGCUGUGCUGUAUUCCUUGAAAAUGGAUUUCAAAACACUUCAAAUGAAAGUAGAUCAAGGCAAAUUGAUCGAAAUAAAAGUGGCUCGAAUUGUAGAACUUGUUGCUUUUAUUGAAUAUCUUCAACCUGGUAUUCAAUACAACGUAUUAAGUUUGUCAAAUUUCGUAAGUAAUUGCUCUUAUGAAGUGGCAAGAAAUCUCACGGACAAGUCAAUGAAAAACUGA